UCUGCCGCAACACCGGCGUGCCGCCCUCCUUCCUCCCUGCGAUGCCGGAUCCCCACCCCUCCAAGCGCCGCCACAGCCCCCGCCCCACCACGCGUCGCCGGAUCCACGCCCCGCCACGCACUGCUGGAUUCCCGCCCCGUCACCUAUCACCACGCCCCGGCUCCCCUGCGGCACCUUCCCGUCCCGCCCGAGCCCUCCGGCUACCUCCCUCGCCGCCAUCGCCCCUGGCUAUCUCCCCUCCAGCAACCUCCCUCGCCCUCGCCCCACCACCUCCCCCAUCGUUGCCUCCAUGGGCUCCAGUGACCACCAAAUCGAGGUCGUCGCGGCCUCCACAUCCCCCGGCGGCGGCGCUCCCCCUCACCUCCACCCAACCACCCGGCCCCAGGACCGAUCCGACAAGCCAUCGCGAGCGCGCGGCGGGCUACUCCAGCCAUCUUGGACGUCAGCGCCGACGAACCAGCCUCGUCUCUCUCUGCCGGACCCGCCCAAUUUCGACCAACAAACCUUCUUCAUCUAUCAUGGAUCCGUCGACCGUGACCUCCCCCGACGAUCGCAGCUGGGCCAUCGCAGUCACUGCCUACUGCCUCCCGUCAAUGCGAUGGCUACCACGGGAUGACCGGCGCUCUGCCAAUCACUCCACCGUCGCCUCUUCUCCAGUGGACGCGGCUCCGGCGAGAGGCCGCCGACAAGAACCUCUGGUCACCCCACCGGUCGUGGCUGCAGCAUACAUGGACUGCUGACAGAAACUACAUGGAGGGAGGCUCGCAGAUCGUUGGUGCAGUGCACUCUGGUCCUGGUGCAGAUCGUUGUUUUGGAGUUUUUAUUAUAAAGUGUAGAAUGUAGUCCACUGUUGUUUCUCUUGAGGUUCAAUUUACUUCUUCUUGCAGGAAGAAAACUGGUGAUGUGCGGCUUGAUGCAGCGUUGCGUUUUUUUCUGUUUAUCGUGUAGUUUGGAUAGCGAGCCUCCCUCCGUGCAGUCCGUUGGCACGUCCAUGCAGUACAGCGCGUGUGUGUAUGCAGCACACUACGCGUGGGUUGCCGGUGGCUGUUGUGAAGUUGAUUGUUUUUCCAUUUUCAGAAAAAUUGCAUGAUGCUAUCUGGUCGUUAGUUUUAUAUUUAGUCAUGCAGUGCACUGUAAAAAG